AUGAAGUUCACUUUGAUUUUCAAAGUACCAAUCUCAGCAGGCCAGCUUCCUGUCCCUCUUGCAGCGUCCAUGGACGAUGAGAAGGAUGCGAGCGGCGAGCUGGAGAAAUACAAAGGUCAAGCUAAGAAGAUCAUGCGACAGACAAGCACCACGUCUCCGACUCCAUGCACCAUCGAGGCAGGCACUUAUUCAUUCCAUUAUGUCAUUAUAGAUGCUCCUGGGACCUCAGGAUCCAAGAUCUGCUUCCUUACGUUAGCUGAAAAGGGCUGCCCGCGCAGACUUGCGUUCGAUUAUCUAGACGAUCUGCAGAAAGAGUUCAUCCAACUGCACGGCCAACAAAUUGACAAUGUGGAGAGGCCGUACAAGUUCAUCACAUUCGAUACUUUUAUUCAAAAGACCAAGAAACUGUACACAGACACUCGCGCUAAUCGAAACCAUUUGAAGAUGAUGUCGGAUGACUUGCGAGACAUUCAGGGCAUAAUGACAAGAAACAUACAAGAAGUUCUUGGAAGAGGAGAAAAGCUUGAAACCGUAACAGGAAGAUCCGCCACCUUGUCUGCGGAGACGAGGCGUUUCAAAGACAAAGCUACUUCAUUGUACGAUAGCCCCCUAUGCUCACUCUUGCUGUGCGUGAUUCUCAAUUCACCGUUCAGGUAUCGGGACUUGCUGUUUAGACAAUGGGCUCCAUUGGUGGUGAGUUUCUGCCUAUUGCAAUGA